CUGCUCCUGUUUCUGGAAUCUUAUCUUCUCAUUUUUGGCCUUUAUUUUAAUUGUUAAUCGCAAUUCACUUUUUUCGAAAUUGGUGGGGGAUGAGGGCGAAUUGUUAUACUUCGUUGUUAAAAGGAUUUUGAUUUAGCUCAACUGUUGGUUGAAUGAUGUUUUAGGAGCAAUUGUAUCGUCUUUGGCUUCAUGUUGUUCAGAUUUUCUGUAGAUAGAAGUAUGUUUGCAAUCCAAUAGAAACAUAGUACUAUGAUUUUGCAGAUCCUAUUCGCCUUGCUUUUAGGUUUACGAAAGUACUUUUCAGUAUAUUUAUUCCUGCUAUUUGUUGUUAAAAAUGUAUGAGUUACUCUUUUGAUAAAACAAGAUAUUUUAUGAAGAAAAGGAUGAGUUGUUGUUAUCAUCCCCUGAAAAAUGAUAGCAUACAAAAUCAAUUUGAUUAGAUAAAAUACAAAUAUAUAAUGAGUUCUUGAAAUUGAUUAAACAUUGAAAGAUACAGCUCCAAUGUAUGAUACCUGAAAGAGAGAUUACAAAAACAUUGAAUUAAUUGUGACUUAAUACCCCCAACAAAAUCUAAACUUUGCCAUUUCCGCACCUAUAAGGGUCUUCUUGGUCCUUGAAGAUUUGCUUAUUCCUUUCUACUUUCUAGCUACAAUGACCAAUAGAGUUAUUUCAAGAAGGGUUAUUUUGACAUGUUUCAUUUGUUUUAGCUAGUCUUCGUGUUGGAAACACAUUCAUAUAUUUCUUGUACACAUACCACUCAUUGCCAUGAUAGGAAAAUUUUUAUUCUGUUGUUGCAUAACUUAACAGUCACUGAUUGUCUUUUUAGGUGUCUGAUCUAUUCAAAGUAAAUAGAGUUUUCGCUGUAUUUUCUUCUUUUCUCAACUUAGUUCAGUGCUUGUAGAAUUUUCCAGAUUGCGCCUUCCAUCAUUGUGCGUCGUUUUUAAUUAUGAAAACAGAUACAUAUAUGUCACUAUUAUCAUUGAUCACUGUACUCCGUAGAUUUUUUGUUUCAUCAAUUUCUUAUUUUAAUCACUUAAGGUCCUACUUCUUGCUGACCAUGAUAUGCAACUUCUUUUGGUUUAUUAUGCUACUUAUUAUUUCCAAGAGUGCAACUACUUAUUAGAAGCAUUAAACUGCUGUCUUUUUAACUGAUAGCAAAAUAACAUUUUUUUUAACUCUAUUACUAAAUCGAAUUUGAGCUUGCUUGUCAAUCAGUGGCUAACUGUAAGCAUUGAGCCGGACUCGGUGUUCAGGCAAUGGAUAAAGCAACCAAUCCUAGCUUAUUUGUUAAUGAUGGAUCUUUCAUGGAGAGGUUCAGACAGCUUCAACAGGAGAAGGAGAAGGAGAAGGAGAAGGAGAAGAAAUCUGAAAUAUUGGAUAAAUCUCGAUCAGGCUCUAGUACACUUGUGACAUCUAGUCCAAAGACUGUUAUUAGUAAAACAUCCAUAGAGUUUAAGGCUAAUGGCUCUCGGAAGCCAAACCAAAUUCCUUCAACUGGAAAACUUGCAUUCAGCUUGAAGCAAAAAUCAAAACUCAUCACACCCCCUGUUAAGUUUGAGGAAGAUGGAGAUGAAGAUGAUAAUGAUGCUGGAAAUUCCUCAGAUAAUGGGCCAAUAAAGCGGCAGAAGUUGAGCCAGCUUGAUAUUUCUGAACAGUCAUCUAAACAAAUUGAUGUUGCACCACCUCCUCCAAGUGAUCCUACAGUAAGGAAAGUUGCAGACAAGCUUGCAAGUUUUGUGGCCAAGAAUGGAAGGCAAUUUGAGCAUGUAACUAAGCAGAAAAAUCCUGGAGAUACUCCCUUCAAAUUUUUGUUCGAUGAAAGUUGUCCAGAUUACAAGUACUAUGAAUAUAGACUCAAUGAAGAGGAAAAUGCAUUGUCCCAAACCAGAGAUUCCCAGACAUCAGAAAGUGGUAAUGCACCUCCCAAUCAAGUCGCCAGUCGGCCAAGUACCCAGAUAACGCAACAUCAGCAUUCUAAGUAUCAAAUUCCACCUUCAGCAUUAUAUGAAACCACAGAUCACAAAGGAUCAUCCCAUGAAUCAUCACAAACAAUUGGAAGAUAUGGUGAAUCAAGUGCCCCAUCUGGCUCAGAUCCUAUAGCAAUGAUGGAGUACUACAUGAAGAAAGCUGCAGCAGAAGAGAAGCUUAGACCUCCUAAACACUCAAAGGAUGAGAUGCCCCCUCCGGCAUCCUUACAAGCUUCAAAGAAAGGUCAUCACAUGGGUGAUUAUAUUCCUCCAGAGGAGCUCGAAAAGUUUCUGGCAACAUGUAAUGAUGCAGCUGCCCAGAAAGUUGCCAAAGAGUAUGCAGAUAGGAUGAAAAUUCAGGCUGAUAAUGUAGGCCAUCGGCUCUUAUCUAAAAUGGGUUGGAAGGAAGGUGAGGGCCUGGGUAGCUCGAGAAGUGGGAUUGCAACUCCUGUUAUGGCAGGAGAUGUGAAAAAGGAUAACUUGGGUGUCGGUGCACACGCUCCUGGGGAAGUGGCCCCUGAUGAUGACAUUUACGAGCAGUAUAAGAAGCGCAUGAUGCUUGGCUAUCGUCACAGACCGAAUCCUCUGAACAAUCCUAGGAAGGCAUAUUACUGAUGACUUGAUCAAAGUUUCUGCUCCAAUAAAUGAUAAUUCCUGUUGAAAAAUUCCCCUUGGUAUCGAACAAAUACGAUGACAAAUUCGUGCCAUGAUAUCCCAACUCUGAUCUUUGUAUAUUUUGUGUUCGUCAUGACUGUUUCCUUUGUCACCCAGUUAAUUUUGUUAAAUUAUGUACAUUUACAAAUGUUUUUCAAAUUCCAUUGUACUUAUCUUUUAAUGCUACAAAAAUAUGAGUUUCUUUUA